AAUAUUAAUUUGGUUUCCAAUUUGUGUUGACUAGUGAGUGAGAGGGUAGCAAUUGAGUGAUCAGUCAUGGCGAAAGCCGUAGUCGGAGAAGAAACGCGACUCAAAUUGGCGGAGGAUCGUCUCAGCCAAUCCGCAGUUCCAUCCGAGGUGGGUCUUUUAAUCGGAAAGUUCAGCUCCGCUUUGGGCCGGGCCUUCCUCUUCGAUCUCAUUCCCACCCCACACAACGACUCCGGCGAGCCCGCCUGCUCCCUCACCGAGCCCGACAAGAAGAAGGGCCCCAAAUCUAAAUCCAAAUCCGAGCUCGCUGAUUCCUCUUCCCUUUUCAUCGACAAGGACUGGGUCGCCGAACAUGUCCGCCAGGUUUCUAGAAUGCUCGUCGGCGGCAUCAAGGUCGUUGGCCUAUACGUUUGGGUUAGCGACGCCGCGUUCAAGAAUUCAACCAUAAUGCUUUGCCAGACCGUGAAGGGUGUUGCUGACGCAGCGCCGGGUUUGGACGGUAACUGGGAUGAGAGACUGCUUCUUCACAUUUCUUAUAGCCCGAGGAGGUGGAAUUGUAGAAACUGCUCACUGUCUUCGAAUAUUACAUCAAGUAGUUUGCGGCCUUGUGAUUUUAAGAUGGGGAAGGUCUUAACUUCCCUUCAAACGUUCAAGUGCAUGCACAACUUUAACCUGAGGUUGCCCAUAUUACGCGACAGUGCCUCAAAGUUCCAGACGUUGAGUGAUGUUCUUCGUCAUGCAAUAUCUAUUCAUGCCAAAGAGCUUGCAGGUGCAAAGGCCUUGAUUGAUGGUAAAUUGGUUGUUGAGAGUGAGUCAUAUUCAUCAGAUGGUGUGCAUGAAGUUGAAUUGCUUCUUUCAUUUCUGAACGAUAGUUCUAUUGAAGCAUGCAGCCAAGGAGAUGUUGUUGGUAUUCUUUCAUUUAGUGGCUUGAUAUGUUCGUUUGCAUAUCUAAAUUCAAAAGAGCCAAUUUCCCAAGCCAUCACUGAUAUAAAGGGAGAUAUAAUUACGAGUCUGCAAAGUAGAUUGGAUAUAAUCUGUGAUGAGGUAGAUGCUGACUCUGGUAACAAUCAUGAUGUUGGAAGCCAAGUAAGCGAUGAAUUAUCAGCUGAAACGCCUGUUCCCCAACUAGUGUUGCACUUAUUGAGAAAAGGAUGCAGUCUUCCAUUUCCUAGAAGAGUCUUUGCACCAUGGUUAGCAGUGGUGUAUGUGUGUGAUUAUUUGCAGCCUUUUGAAACUGUUGAGGUUUUAAAAGAUCAUUGCAUGGAGUUAUUGUCCAUGAAAGCUCCAACUGAUGUCUCUAAAAUUUUGGAGCCAGAGAAAGAAGAGUUAUCUUUCAAAACUAAAUCUUUCUGGGAUGUGGCAGUGCCCUCCUAUUCAGAAAUUCACCUCAUGGAAGACAAGAGCAAACGUGAUGGCGGAAGCGAGAGUUCAAGUAGUAAAACUGUGAAGCCAGGUCACAUUAAUGUUGUCGCUGCCGGUCUCAUUCUUCUAUUGUCUGUGUUAGUUGGUUUUCUGCUAUUCGCCCUCAAGGGUUGAGGGUUUUGUACUGGGAAUUUCUCACCUCCAGGGACACACAUUCGCUUAGUUUACAACAUUUUAUACUUCAAAAUGAUACAAGGGCAGAUAUGAAAAAGAAAAAAAAAAAAAAGAACAGCAAUAUCAUUAGCCUUUGAUGCUCUUCAUCUGGAAUCAACUAAAAGAUAUAGUAUCCGUUUCAAAGGUUUUUUUA